UUCGCCUGUGCUUCUUGGGAGGAGAAUGAAUGGUCAUGUAAAGAAUAUGCAUUUUCAGCAGUUGAUGGAAACAGCAACCACAUUACUCUCCCUCCUGCUGCUUAUGGCUGUUGAUUCAACAAAAACCGUGGCGGCAGGCAGAAACCAGCAGUGUGGGAAUGCUCUGCAGCAGACUUUAAAGCUCACAAGGCUCGUGCAGAAGGAAUCCGUGGACCUCAUCAAAACAUAUAAAGCCUCUCAAGGAGAAAUGUCAGAGCUGUUGUGCAAGGUGUCAAUCAGCAACAUCCCUGACCCCACCAUCUCCGGGCUGGAGCCCUCAGAGAGGAUAUUGAGCAUCUACACUCAGCUCCAGGCCUUCUUCCCACACUUCCGGCGCGUCUACGAGCAGCAGACGGACUUACAGCUCCCGACCAGCCCGCUGCUGUCGGAGCUGACCGGUGUCAGGGCUCGCAGCAGGGACCUGGCUGCUGUCGUCAACAACUUUUACCAGAGGUUCUUCCCAAACCUGCCGGUGCCGGAGCCAGCGGGGGGGCCCACGACACUACCGCCGUCUCAGAACGUCUUCCAGCAGAAGGUCUACGGCUGCGUGGUCUUGAAGACCUACAGGGAGUUCCUCUCGAAUGUUUCACGAGAACUGAAGAACCUGAAAAGCAAAGUGUGCAGAAAGAAGCAACGAAGAAACAAACUCUUCUGAAGACGACCCAGAGCUGGAUUUUGAUGGUCAGUUAUCAGCAGCACUUUACUCACUGGGCUGAUAAAGACUAGAAAAUACAAUAAGUGAGUAUGAAGGUGGCCGGUACAUCACUGUAAUACAGCAUAUUUAUAGUAUUUAAUAUUUAUUUUUUCAUCUAUCUAUUGGCAGUGGAAUUAUGUUAAAGUCCUGCAGAUAAUCCUUCAUGCAAGUCAUGUAUAUUUAAUUUGUCUAUUGUGUUAUGUAAAGUUCUGCAUUGCUGGCUGAUGUAAAUUAAUUUGCUGUGCA